CCUCACGGACAGCUCUCAGUAUGUCCAAUAAAACGGAUCAAAACAAACAAACCGAGGUUACUCACCGAUUCUCCUGUCAGCUGAAGAGGGGAGGCUGCUCAGGGAAGCGACGAGGAGGAGGUGGAGGAAGGAGAGGAGAGAAUCCAUUUUCCCGUCUGCAGGGAGCUGCUGUUCAGCUCCAAAAGUGACCCAUCCCAGCUGGUGGGAGGGCCUGAUCUGGGAUCAGAAUGUAGAACAGAGAAAGUGAAGCUUCACUUCUGCAUCACAGCUGAAGGACGAUGGAGACUCAGAGGUUUCUGCUAGUUUGGGCUCUUGUGCUGGUUUCUGGGGAGCGCUCAGAGAGUGUGCGGUGUUUUGCUUCUAUUGAUCUGAACACAGGUGAGUGUGACUCAGAGAUCGGUGAUGUGAACGAAGACGACUGCUGUCAAAACCCAAACUACGGGUAUCAGACGGCAGAUGGAGCAUGUCAGUCCUGUGGUCCACCUACCUGGUCUUCCUGGUCAUCUUGGUCUCCGUGUACCACCCUGUGUGGAGAGGGAGUGAGGCAGAAAAGCAGGAAAUGUUACGGCGUUGGCCAAUCAGAGUGUGAGAACCCAACUGACAAGCUAUACGUGGAACCAUGCAUCGGCACCUGCUGCAAUGGUGAAGGCUGGGACUCAUGGCUCCCCUGGACUCCCUGCUCAGUCACCUGUGGAGGACAAGGAGUCAGAAAGAGACAGAGGGUCUGCUCUGCUCCUCUUGAAUGUCGACUGAACUGCACUGGUCCCACGGAAGAGACCGAGACCUGUGAGGCUAACAACACAUGUCCAGUCCAUGGUGGUUGGUCCGGCUGGUCCAGUUGGGCUCAGUGCUCUGGUUCAUGUGUCAGUAACCAAGGCGGUGCUAUAAACACACCCUCAAGAGAACGAAAGCGCUCCUGCUCAAACCCCAACCCCUCCACCGACACAGAGCCACCAGGCAACAGUUGCCCAGGCGACGCCUCCCAGAGACAGGACUGCAGCGAACUACCCAACUGUCCAGUGGAUGGUAACUGGGGGGCGUGGUCUGCACCUGGGCCAUGCUCUGUAACUUGUGGGGAGGGGCUGAGGUUGUCAUCAAGAAUAUGUGAUAGCCCCGCCCCUAAAUAUGGUGGCAAAAUAUGUGAGGGGCCGAGCACUGAGAGCAGCAUCUGUCAGAGUCCUUGUCCUGUUCAUGGGGUCUGGUCUGGCUGGUCAAACUGGGGCGAGUGCACAGCCUCCUGUAUCCCACAAGGCCGACCUCCAACUAGAAGUCGCCAGCGCUCCUGCACCAACCCAGCACCAUCGUCAAACCCGCUUGGCCGUGACUGUGAAGGUGACAACAUCCAAACUGAAAACUGUGACCACCUGCCUCCCUGCUCAGUGGAUGGUAGUUGGGGUCCUUGGUCGCCCUACACUUCCUGUCCUGUUUCCUGUGGAGUCGGCCUCCAGGAGUCUAUCAGGAGAUGUGAUAGUCCCACUCCCAAACAUGGCGGCCAGCCAUGUCGUGGAGACGACAGACGAACCUCCAUCUGCUCAACCCAAGUCCACUGUCCAGUCCAUGGUGUGUGGUCCGAGUGGUCCGAGUGGGAAACGUGCAGGUAUGCAUAUGGUACUAAAGACAUUAGAUGCCUGAAAAUAGGUGGAAAGCAGAAAAGAGAGCGGCAGUGUCUCCAUCGAGCUCAUAAUGGAUCCUUUUGCGCUGGAGACAAACAGCUGGACAGCCGGGUCUGCUACGAUGUUGACAAAUGUUAUGUGAAAGGCAGCUGGGAAGGCUGGGGGGAAUGGGGGUUUUGUAACCCACCCUGUGGACCAACUUCUAGACGUGUGAGGUCUCUGAUCUGUGAUCCUGAUUACAUGGCAGCCGGGUACAGACCAACAAUCGGCCGUCAAAAAGAUAAGGCAACGUUUGUUGGAAAACCUUCUUAUGACUGCGGCACCCUACCUGAAGGAAUAGCAAAGAAGUACGAGAUCCAAAGUUGCAAAAACGCUCCUCCCUGCCCCUGAGAUGAUGUUAACCAAUGACCUCACCAACAUGCUUCUAUAAACAUCUACGCCAACACUCAGCAUGCUGGUGCAGGCUAAACGACGUGAUGGAGUUUGGGUUUUGCUUGUGCUGCCACCCAGUGGACAUUUUAAUAACUGCUAACAUGAAAUCUGGUUUUUCAGACCUACAUGACACUAUAUGCUGAGAUAAUUAAAAGUGUCCAAUGCAA